AUGUCGCACUUGGGAACAACGACCCUGUUGGCAUUUGGAAUAAACACCAUGUGUGCUAUACCAUGCUACUAUGGAGGCCAGGGCUAUGUCUAUGGCUGUGGGUGCGGCAUCUUCCACAGACUGGGCUGGGGCAGUGGCUAUGGAGGCUAUGGAUAUGGCUCUGCCUACAGAUACGGAUGCUGCUGCCCAUCAUGCUAUGGAGGAUACUGGUCUUCUGGUUUCUAUUGA